AUGCUUCGCCCUGUGCGACGAACGUGGACGUGUCGCAAAUGGCUGCAUCCGCGAGCCCAGAUCCGGGCCUUCGAGAGCGCCGCAUCGCCCUCGCCUUCAACGUCGUUCGACUAUAUUCCCGCGGACCACAGUGCACCCCGAAAGAACAAUGAUGACAAGACUUUGCGGAGUGUUUUCGAUUCGCAGCCGUUUUGGAAUGAAUUCUCCCAGCAACGCUCCGCGGCCCCUAGACUGGCUGGGCUGGUCCAGAAUCAAUACCUGACAAGCCCCGAAGGAUUCAUGUCAUUUGCAAAUGUCUCGCUACAAAGAUGUCAGGCCAUUGUUGCCAAAGUGCUCGCCGCUUCGACGGUGGAAGAAUACAGGGCGCUGGCGCGGGACCUUGACCGGCUCAGCGACCUUUUGUGUCGCGUUAUUGACCUAUCGGACUUUAUUCGAACGAUUCACCCGGAGCCUCGGAUACAAGAAGCAGCCACGCAGGCGUGGGCUCUUAUGUUUGAAUACAUGAACGUUUUGAAUACAACGACAGGGCUGCAUGAACAGCUCAACAAGGCCUUGAACAACCCCGAUGUGACAUCACACUGGACCGAGGGCGAGACGAUUGUGGCUCAAAUCCUCAAUAAGGAUUUCUCCAACUCUGCAAUCCAUAUGCCGCCAAAUGUACGACAGCGUUUUGUAAAUCUGUCCAACGAUGUGAGUCAGUUGGGUUCUGAGUUCAUGAACGGCGCGGAGCCCGCGCGGUCCCAGAUCACGUUUCCUGCAAACGCUCUCCAAGGAUUGGAUCCUGUCAUCGUUUCUAAAAUCAAGAAAUGGAACAAGAAAGCGCCAGUUUCCACUAUGGGGAUUGUUCCUCGGCUCGCCCUACGCUCGGUGCAUGAUGAAAACGUUCGCAGGGAAAUAUAUCUCGCCACACGCACGUCUAGCAAGCGCCAAAUUGAAAGAUUAGAACAACUCCUGACCAAGAGAGCAGAGCUUGCACAGCUCACAGGCCACAACAGCUUCGCGCAUAUGACGCUAGGUGACAAGAUGGCCAAGACACCCGAAGCAGUGUCGAACUUCUUGACCUCGCUUGUCUCCAGCAACCAGGGACCAGUUCGAGAGGAACUUUCUAAACUGCAGGCUUUGAAGGGCAGUGCUUUGCAGCCUUGGGAUCAUGCAUAUUACGUUCAUAAGCGUGUUCUACAAUACACUCAAGCUCGUCGCUCUCGUCACACAGGCGUUAUAAAUGAGUUCUUCUCUUUGGGAACAGUGAUGCAAGGUCUUUCACGACUGUUCGACCGUCUUUACGGCGUUCGCCUCGUGCCACAUGAAGCCUCUCCUGGCGAAACCUGGCAUCCUGAUGUCCGUCGAUUGGAUGUAGUGGAUGAAUCGGAAAGGCACAUCGCAGUCGUCUAUUGCGACUUAUUUUCACGCCCUAGCAAGCAUCCUAACCCGGCCCACUUCACUCUGCGCUGUUCCCGUGAGAUCUCUGCAGAGGAGAUCUCCGAGUGCGCCUCAAUGCACCAAUCCGCACACCCGAAUGACGGCAUGGCCACUGGUGUUGACCCACAAACCAAAACCUUGCGCCAACUGCCCACGAUCGCUCUGGUGUGUGAUUUCCAGGAGCCCCAGGCCAGUGGUAGUGGCCAGCCAACCCUUCUCAGUGAGCAGAGUGUUCGCACUCUGUUCCACGAGAUGGGCCAUGCGGUCCACUCGAUCCUCGGUCAAACACCUCUCCAGUCCAUCUCCGGAACUCGGUGCGCCACGGACUUCGCCGAACUUCCCUCUGUGUUGAUGGAGAGCUUUGCGACUGCACCAGAGGUGCUAUCUCUGUACGCGCGUCAUUGGAAGACCGACGAACCCCUAUCUGAGAGUAUGAUGCAGAGCAUGGAGCUUGACCGCACUGCGCACGGCUCCAUUUACGGCGCCGUGGAAAACGAAGCGCAAAUCCUCAUGGCGCUCGUCGACCAGGCCUACCACACCAUCCCGGCCGAAGUCAGCUCAGCUGGCAUUGACUCCACCGAUAUUUACCACCGGGUGUUCUCUCAGCACUCCAGUCUUCCUGACCCCGCUAACGUACAACCCCAGACCUCAUGGCAAGGUUUCUUCGGGCAUCUGUACGGUUACGGUGCCACGUACUACAGCUACAUCCUCGACCGCGCGAUCGCCAAUAAACUCUGGCAGGACGUCUUCCAGUCCGGCCAGGCGGCCACUGAUCGCACGGCCGGCGAGCGAUACAAGAACGAGGUUCUUCGCUGGGGCGGUGGUCGCAAUGGCUGGCAGUGUGUGGCCGGCGUGUUGGGCUCCAGCAACCCUUCUAACGCGGAUGGGCGCCUGGCUGAAGGCGGCGAUGUAGCCAUGCGUGAGGUUGGUCGCUGGGGCCUCGGACGCGAGGGUAUGUCUGGUUAA